AUGAGUCAAAAGAAUCUCAAUAGAAACGGUGGCCACUUCAUUCCUUCUGAAAAACUAUCAAAAAUGAGCAAGAAGAAGCUAGAACAAGAUGUGAUCAAGGGAGUACAGUCAUUUGCAGACAAAAUGGUACAAGACAUCAUCACGCGAGCAACUCUUCUGGCUAAACACAAUGAUACAGACGUAAUUGAUUCACCAGAAGUGUGUAGUGUGAUUGAAAAGAACUUCGACAGAACAUUUGGAAUCAAAGCAACCAUUCCUGAAAGAAAUAAUCCAUCAGACAAACACAUUGAGAAAAUGGCAGAAAUAUCAAAACAGAAAUAA